AUGAUACCAGCAACAACAUCGUCAGAUACAGAACUAGUUUCACACAAUGAUGAUCUUUCUAGAGCUAUAGAAAAAAUCGAGGAAAUAACCGCUACAGCUGAACAAUCCACCUUAUCCAUAGAAGAUAUUGAAAAACUGCACGAAGAAAUGGUACCUAAAAUAGAUGAUGUCAUAGAAAUGACGAAGAACCCUAACAAUGCUUAUAAAUUCUUAAAAGAUAAAGGUAUAGACAGAAUUGUUAUUCCAAAUUUAGAUAUCCCUAAUGCAAAAGCAAAAACACAACUUCUUCUAUUAUUAAAGAUACUUUUUGAUAUUGCUCCAACAACUAUUAAUGCUGUUAUACCAAUAAAUGUUGUUGACAAAUUAUUAGACAUUUUUGAGAAUGAAGAUAAUUUAGCAUUAAAAGCACACGUUUUGGACAUACUUUAUGUAUGGUUACCAGAAAAUCCUAAAGUUCAAGCUAGAGUUAUGAAAUUGAAAGGUCUUGAGCCAUUUUAUGAACAGAUUUCGAAACUUGAUACCAAUGUCAUCCACACAUUGCUAGAUCUUUUUAAUAAAAUUGUUAAAGAGCAUAUGGAGAUUCGUAAUAACAAACAACUAAGAAAUAAAAUAGAUACAGACAAAUUAAGUCUUUAUCAAAGAAUUGGUUUGAUCGAACGCUUAUCAACUACGCCUGUGUGUAAUGGUUUGCUGAAUAUAUUUGAAGACACAUGGUCUUAUUCUACAAAAGAUAAUGAUGUUAUUGUACCAGUUCUAGAUUUAAUAAUUAAGAUAAAGCCGUUUUGUUUGAAGAAAUUUCAAGGUAAAGCGAAAGCUGUAGAAUUAUUUGAUGCUUUGCUGAAGUUUGUAAAAGAAGAUGAAACAAAGGAAUAUUUAGAGAGUUUCAACUUAAAUGCCAGUGAUGUUGAAAGAACACUGAUGGAGUAUGUAAAUUUUUUUAAAGAGAUAAAAGAUGAAUUAUAAUUAACAAAUAUUAUUCAUUACUAGCCUUUGCCUACGUUAAUUAGUAGGUAUAUAAAGUUACCUAUUAGUGUAUAAAAUUUUAUAAAAAUCCAUUUGGUACUUUUUGCGUGAAAAAAUAAUAAACAUACAUCCAUACAAACAUUCUCUCAAUGUUGCAUUUAUAAUAUUUGUUAGUACGAUCGCUAUUCAUCGGUAAUAUAUGACUAGAUAAAAGUAUAGUUUCUUUGAGAUUCUAAAAUGUUUCUUAUUUUAGUACAAUUAUCUUUUUUUUUCCUUUUUUUUCUACCUAUUCCCA